AUGACCAAAGUUGCCCAGUCUUUGCCAGAAGCUCCGUCGGUGGGAACAGACACGUCGGUAAGCGAUGAGUCGGAAAGCCCUCCUCCCGUACUGUUGAUUGCGGUGAUGGGAGUGACUGGCUCUGGAAAGAGUAACUUUCUUCGACUCUUGACUGGCAGAGACGAUGAGGACGGACCCCAAGUCGGGCAUUCACUUGGAUCAUGCACCCAGAAGACGGAAGCCUACGAGUGUCUCAUCCAGGGCCAGCAGUUUGUCUUUUUCGACACACCUGGCUUCGAUGACACGUACCGAGGCGAUGCAGACAUUCUUGCUGAUGUCGCUCAAGCCCUCAGCUCCUCAUAUAUGAACAACGUCAAGCUCAGUGGCAUCAUUUACCUGCAUCGCGUUAAAGAUGAGAGAAUGACAAAUGCCAUCAUGCGAAACCUCACCAUGUUUCGCAAUCUUUGCGGUGACGGUGCUUUUGAGAAUGUCAUCCUUGCGACUACUUUCUGGGACGAGCUACAGGAUGAGUCGAAGGGAGCAGCUAGAGAGCAUGAGCUGAUCUCAACUCCCGAGUGGUGGGGGUAUAUGAGCAACAAAGGCUCGAGAAUUCGACGAUUCCAGAACACAAGAGAGUCUGCUCUUGAGAUUGUCAACGAGCUAGUUGACCUCCCCGCCGUAACCCUACAGAUUCAAGAAGAGAUCGUAGAGCAAGGUCUAGGAGUCGACCAAACAACAGCAGGCGAAGCUCUCAACGAAGAACUCAACAAACUGCGAGAGCAACAUCAAGCCCAACUCAACUCCAUCCGCGAGGAAAAAGAACAAGCCAUCAAAGACCGCGACCAAUUCAUGCGCCGUCUCGAAAGCGAGCAAGCAGCCCUCCACGCCGACCGCCGCGAGCAGCAACGCCGCAUGGAACAAGCCUUCAACGACCAACUCGUCCGCCUUGAGCGCGAACGCAAGGCAAGAGAAGCCAAGAUCCAAGAUCUGGAAACCCGACUAAGUACCGAGCGCGCAGAUGCCAACGAGCGAUUUCAAGCUGCUAUGGCAGAAUCGAACCGCAUGGUCAGCGCGCUGAAGCUCGAGAUGGAGACGGCGCGGGCGGAGGAUAUGGCGGAGUAUGAUGAGACGAUUAGGAAGAUCGAGGAGAGGUAG